AUGCAGCAGCUCCGAGAGGCAAGUGUGCCAGCUGUGUGCCUGCAGUGUGCCAGCAGUGUGCCUGCUGUGUGCCAGCAGUGUGCCAGCAGUGUGCCAGCAGUGUGCCUGCUGUGUGCCAGCAUGUGCCAGCAGUGUGCCAGCAGUGUGCCUGCUGUGUGCCGCAGUGUGCCUGCAGUGUGCCUGCAGUGUGCCUGCAGUGUGCCAGCAGUGUGCCAGCAGUGUGCCUGCUGUGUGCCGCGGUGUGCCUGCAGUGUGCCUGUAGUGUGCCAGCAGUGUGCCUGCAGUGUGCCUGCAGUGUGCCUACAGUGUGCCCGCAGUGUGCCAGCUGUGUGCCAGCAGUGUGCCAGCAAUGUUCCUGCAGUGUGCCUGCAGUGUGCCAGCAGUGUGCCCGCAGUGUGCCAGCAGUGUUCCUGCAGUGUGCCUGCAGUGUGCCUGCUGUGUGCCUGCAGUGUGCCCGCUGUGUGCCAGCAGUGUGCCAGCAGUGUGCCUGCAGUGUGCCCGCUGUGUGCCAGCAGUGUGCCAGCAGUGUGCCUGCAGUGUGCCUGCUGUGUGCCUGCAGUGUGCCAGCUGUGUGCCUGCAGUGUGCCUGCAGUGUGCCCGCAUGUGCCCGCAGUGUGCCUGCAGUGUGCCAGUUGUGUGCCUGCAGUGUACCAGCAGUGUGCCCGCAGUGUGCCUGCUUGUGCCUGCAGUGUGCCCGCAGUGUGCCCGCUGUGUGCCAGCUGUGUGCCUGCAGUGUGCCUGCAGUGUGCCAGCAGUGUGCCUGCAGUGUGCCAGCAGUGUGCCUGCAGUGUGCCCGCUGUGUGCCCGCAAUGUGCCCGCUGUGUGCCAGCUGUGUGCCUGCAGUGUGCCAGCAGUGUGCCUGCUGUGUGCCAGCUGUGUGCCAGCAGUGUGCCAGCUGUGUGCCUGCAGUGUGCCAGCAGUGUGCCUGCAGUGUACCUGCAGUGUGCCUGCAGUGUGCCUGCUGUGUGCCAGCAGUGUGCCAGUUGUGUGGCUGCUGUGUGCCAGUGGUAUGCCCGCAGUGUGCCCGCAGUGUACCUGCAGUGUGUCGGUUGUGCCCACAGUGUGCCUGCAGUGUGCCUGCUGUGUGCCAGCUGUGUGCCAGCUGUGUGCCAGCAGUGUGCCUGCAGUAUCGAGCCCACAGCAGCAUAG